AACUGCAGGAUACUGCAAAAUUGUAUCAUAACGUAGUAACGUUGUCAUGGUAAGUGAUUUCGAUUGAAAAAGAGUUGAAAACGGAAAACAGUUAAACUCCCAUCAAACGCCCAAUUCAAAAACAUUUGAAUCAAAUCAAUCUGACAAUAUUGGCAUUUCAAAUCGAACGACAUUUGUAAAAAAAGCUCUCCUAUUUGAUUUAAUUUAAAAUUUAGAAAGUUAAAGCUUUUCCAGUUUUUGCUAUGCAUACUAAACUGUUCAUCAAAUCCUGGUUUCUACAUUUAUCUCUGAUUCGAGUGUCAAUUCCGUGCAUAAAAGACUUAUCCAAAAAAAAUUGCUUCGAUCAUCAAAGUACUAUUGUUCUUAAUCAAAAAACUCUAGACCCAUAUUUUUAUUUGAGCAUAAAGGUGGCACUUUCUGUUACAGGGUUGUCCAAAAAAAAGUUAUCAUUCAAAAUUUUCAAUUUUCAAAAAUUUGUAGCCUUUGAUCCGACUUUGAACCUUCGGGCAUAAAAGUGAAGGUAAAUGAUAGAACAUUCGAAAAAACUAUCAAACUGUACUUAAAAUAACCAUUAGCUUGCAAAAUUUAUGAUACAAACCGUUUUUUCGUUUUGGAGGUUUUGAUACCCGAGCGAGCUUAUCAUUUGAUUUUUUGUUUUGACUUUUAAGAAAAUUUUACAUUGAAUACCUAAUUUUUAAGGUAGGUAUUAUUAGCUUGGAGAUAGAAUUUUUUUAAUCUUCAAUAUCCACCAUAAUCACCAUGCGUCUCCAUUGGAAAAAAAAAAAUACUGCAAUGCAAAAAUAUCUAAUGAUAGCGUCUCCCGGGUCUUGGAAUGGUAAAUCAUGGUUAGUAUCAUGCUACUGCUUCGCAAUAGCUUUUUUGAAUAAAGACGCUUGGUGGUUAUAAUGGGCAUUAAAGAUUUAAAAAAUAUCUAUUUCUAAAAAAAAAUAUACCUUCAUGAAAAUUUGAUUUUAAAUUUUCUGGGGAACUCUGGGGAAGGUCUCCUGGGUAUUAAACCCCCCAAAACGGCGAAAAGAAAAGGAUGUUCAAAAUAGAAAAUUUUGAAAAAAUGAAUCGAAUUUUUUUUUGAUGAAUCAUUAAUUGGAGAUUCUCAACACUAAUUAUACCUUUUUUUAUAACUGAACAAUAAUAAUAAAUAUAACAAAAGGUGACCUCUCAACAGUAAUAGAAAAUGUCGAAUUUCACACAGCACCAGAAUAUAGUUAUAAUACCAAAAGUAUAUUAAAACAAGCAUUGAAAUUAAUUGCCUCUUAAUUUUUCUGUUAUCGUAACAAUAACCCGCUUGAUCCGGAAUAUCUUUGGUAAAAUGUAACCCAAUUGAUUGAAAAUUAACAAAUUAACAAAUUAACGGCGAAAAGGAAAAAAUGUUGAAAAUAGAAAUUUUUUAAAAAAAGAAUCGAUUUUUGGGAACUGUUAUGCAGGUUUGUUAUUUUCCUCAGAGAAUCACUAGCGUAUAGGGGAAUAUCUUGCGAAAACAACUGCUCUCACACUGGUGAGCAAAGCGACCGAUUUGCUUGAAGAUUUUAUCGCUGCAGUGCGCACCGCGGUUUAGGUUUGUGUAUUAUCACUACCACUCUCGUUUUGCUCAGCGUUGGUGUACGCAGCAAGUGGGCACACACUCCACAAAGCAGAAUGAAAAAGUUUGGUGCAAAAAAUUGCUACACGCAGCGCUUAUGCUGGGCGAGAAGUGAGCGGUAAAUAUUCACUUUGCUCUUUUCACAUAUUGAGAAGAAUAACAAGCCUGCUCCUAUGACAGAAAGUGUCACCCUAAGAGCUAAACAAAAUAAUACGGGUCUAGAAGUUUUCGAUAAUGAACAACUAUAGUGACUUUAAGCACCUUUAAGUAUUAUUGAAGGAAAUAUUCUCGUAUAGGUCUUUUUUGCAUGGAAUAGCAGAAUAAUUUUUAAUCGAGAUCUUGGAGAAUUUUGUAACAGUUUUUCAAAUAAGCGUAAUGAAAAUUAUGGAUAAAAACGAUAUUUUUUAUCUAUCUUAAGCAAAAAUUACAGGUUUUUUUCGAAACGCAUGAAUAACUGGACAUCUUGACGUAUGGGAUUUUCUUAGUUUAGUUUUUUUUGUUGAAAACUCAAUUUUAGUAGUUUCGUCGGCUUACGGCAGUUUAACAGGUGGAAUAUAACUCUGGGGGAUAUGAAGCUGUGUGUCGUUGGAAGAACGCCAGCAUCUUUGUUAUGCUUAUCGCUUUUCAUGAAUUUAGGUAGAAUAUUUAAUUGGUAAUGCACUGCAAUUAUUUUGUUUUGUAAUAACUGUUACACGAAAAUUUUACAAUUAAAAAAAAAUGUCCACAUCGCAGGCUUCUCCUUAUACCAAGGCAAGUAUGAUAUGCCCCAAUGCGGAAGGCUAACUUGCCUAACUUAAAAUUUGCAUUUUUUCGAGGCUCUCUUACUCCAUAACAAACACGCUCAGAGAGAAAUGAAAGUUUGUAUAUAUAAGCUCUUUCUCUCUCCUCUUUAUGCAAGUAUAUUUUGUUUUGUUUAUGCAUGCCCAGUUCUGUUUAAUAUGGCGUCGAAACAAGGAGCAUUCUGCAAGGGCAUCGUAUAGUUCGCUAUGAACUGCACAACAAUUUCUGGCAAAAAGUUCACGGUAAACCUUUUGAAAGCAAAAAUCUUCUCGUUUUGACUGGCUAUAAUUAGACCUGUGCGUCGACCAUAUCAUCGGCGGCGGCGGCGUAGAAAACAUUUUACCUCGGCGGCGAUCGGCGCGCCGGCGUGACGCCGUUGGUAAUUCUCGGCGGCGGCGGCGGCGGCAGCGGCGGCGGCAGCGGCGUGUACCGGCGUGACACUAAUUACCACUUCCAAAAUAUUGCGUAUGAUGUGUACACUCUCAUGUUCGGUUUUUUUAUUUCAAAAUGAAUAGUUAGAAAUAUGUUCUUCCGGGUUGACAGGAUGUCAAAAAAGAAAUAAGAUUGGUUAAGAAACAAGUAAACAAACAAUUUAACAACCAGCAAAGAAAUGACUAUCGGCGCGAUAAAAAUUUCUUCGGCGGCGCGCCGACUCAAAACCAUCGGCGGCAACGGCGUGCGUAAAAGUGUCGGCGGCGGCGGCGCGGCGUGGCGGCGCACAGGACUAGUUACAAUUUCAUGCAAACCUCAACAACAAUUUGCCAACAGAAAAAGAUUUUUUCUUUCUUGUCUAAAUCAUGGUUUAAAACUAACUUUUCUUUUAAACUUCAUUUUUUUCCAAAACCAUACCAUGUUUCGGCCAGAUAAAAUAUUAUCACAUUACAUCAAAAACCACAAACGCUUCUGUACAAUUAUUCGACUCCAUUUGUACCCCAAACACACAACCCAACGAAUCUACCUCAGUGUCAGCAAAUCGAUGAUUUCUUUGGUACAAAAAAUAACUGGAGAUCAAUCUAUGUAGGGUAAGGGACCCAUAAUUCGCCCUGACCCCAUAAUUCGCCCACCCACUAAUCAACAAAUUGUUUACAGGGUUUGUUAUUGAAUUAUGCCAAAAAAUAAUUUAUUUUCAAUAUCAGCUGUUUCUUUUUUAUGUUUGAACACGGUUCUAAGAGUUGACACUAUAUUGCGAACAAUAAAAAUAAAUAGGUGGGCGAAUUUGGGGUACUCGGAUAAAGUGGGCGAAUUAUGGGGUCGUUACCCUACCUACUGCAAACAGUUGAUUGGUAGAAUUCCGAAAAGUCGACGUAAGGGCCGUACAACGCCUUUGUUCCGGCAGCCUCGUCGGAAGGUCGGUAACUGACCUUUCUAUAAUGCUCAAUUUUUUCAUUUAUAAUGAGCGUAUCUUCAUGAGAAAUAGGGGAACUGCUCCAUUAUUCAUCUAAGCCCAUAUAUUCAUCUCAUUCAACAUGAAAACACAAUUGAAAACAGGAAAAAAGCAAAUUUUCUUCUUAAACCAAUCUGCUAAUCCAUGGAAUGGAUUCUUAUUAGUUCACUUUAGAUUCCUCAUAAAGAAUAAUCCUCGAAUACUCUCUUAAAAGCACUAAAUUUGAUAUUAUAGUCGGGUAUCUACACUCGAAAACUCAUUUAAUUCAAUCACCUACCUCAGAAAACAAAAUCCGCGGAUUGUUCUAUUCGGCUACCACGGGACUCGUUUAGCAACCAACCAAAGUUUUUUCAACACUAGCGGACCACUUUUUAUUUUGAUCACUAAACAAAAUCACUCACCACACUUAGAAUACUUUAAUUUUGGAAAUGUUCUCCUCAAAUUUCCUAAAACAAGCUUGAAUCAGCAGAAAUAUAUGAGAUGAAUUUCCACAAUUCCUAAAUUUCAACUGCAUGUAUUUUCAUCUGUUUUCACUGCGUUGAAUAAGAUAAAAAGUUGCCAAAUCAGUUUCUGUUAAUACGAAAAAAUCAUACUGAAAAUGUUAAAUUAUUCCGACAUAAUUGAAAUAAAUCUACAGCACUGUAGUGGUUACCAAUUUUGCACGUAAACAACUGCAGCGGAUAUCUAGGUAACCUACUACGACGGGCUGCGGCUACGUUCAUUCAUGAUAAUGUGAUUCAUUCAUGAUUAACAGUGUGAUGAAUAUGGGGGAGUCGUGAGAUGAAUAAUUGAGCAAUGAUUCAAAUUUUGAGAUGGAUAUGGAAGCGUUGUGAAAAAUGGUUUGUUAUACAAAAUUCAGGAUGAAUCUAACUAAUUUUACUAAAUAUGCAAUGCUAAACGAUUCCAUAAGAGCACGUAAGCAUAUUUAGUUAAUUUGUUCAAUGAUUUCGUGAAAAUUUGGUGUUUAAUCCGUGCAUUAUCCGUGGAUAUCGGCUUAAUGAGAUGAAUAAUGGAGCAGUUCCCCUAAAUCAGUUUUUCGUUAAAUUCAUCCAACUUGUUUUGACAGCAGUAGAAAAAAGUUUUCAGUUGUCACCCGUUAUGCUUUGUAGCACACGAAGUGAUGAAACGCUUUUUUUUAAUCUCGCUUAUUUUCCGUCGGUCUAGUUAUGCCACUGUUGUUGUGCCAAUCACCGACGCCCGGGAGCCGACUCCACCCAGAACCCUAACUCGCGACCCGUUGAUUAACGGACCAGCGCCAACGGCUUUACUUCCUCAUGCGAUGGAAGGCGUGAUCCCAGAGAUUUUUUACCUCAGAAAAUCUCCCGGUAUCGGCUAGGAUUCAAUCUAGACCAGUUUGGUUGGUUGUGAGUGGAUCACGCCACCUCACAACCAUCGACACCUAUGUCGGCGGUGGAAUUCGAACCCAGGCGUCGAGCGUAGUUGGCGGAGAUGUUACCAACCACGCUAGGCCCCCGCCUUGUGAUGAAACGCUUGAAGUCUCAGAAGAGAACGGAAUUUUUUAUUAUGGUCCAAGAGGACUUUUACUAUCAUUCUUCUUUAUGACAAAGUGCUGUUUGUAGUAGGUUCCAACAAAUUUUAGAGACACAGCUGAAAAAAAAAAACAUCAAGAAUUUCUGAAAUUUCAACUUUUCCAAAAGACCUUAGUAAAUAAAAGGGUCUACAAAUAAACAAACCAAAUAAAAUUAUCUUUUUUUCACUAUUUCUCAACAAAUAUUGCAGCCCAAUAGUAUAGGCACUAUUCCAUGAAAUGGCGAUUUUCCCUUUUUUUUUAACGGGACUCCGGUAUUUUUUUGAUAAAUCAUUAAUUGGUGACUUCUCAACACUAAUUAUACCCUAUUUAAUAACUUAUCAAUAAUAACCUCUCAACAGUAAUAGAAAAUGUAGAAUUUCGCACAGCACCAGAAUGGAGGUAUAAUACCAAAAGUAUAUUAAAACAAGCAUUAAAAUGAAUUGCCUCUUGUUAUCCAGGGUUGCCAACCCUCCAGUUUUUCCUGGAUAUCUCCAGUUUUUUUGGGCAUGCCAGCGAAACAGCUGAAGGUUCAAUAUCUCCAGUUUUUCGAAAAUUGUUCUAGUUUAAUCCAGCUCUCUAUUCAUCACCAUAUUUGUUGAAUUCAUUCUUCUUAAAUGAAUGGUUUUUUCAGUAUUUCAUGCAUUCAAGCUCUUCGGUAUUCUGGUUUAAAUCGAGCUCUAGUUGCAUCUUUAAAAUUUUGAGUACCGUGCUGGAUCGAAACCCGUACAGUAUCGAAAUCCGUACACCUUGAUGUUUUAACAGUUUUAAGCAUUAUAAAAAUGAAAAUUCAUAUGAUAGGUUCAUGUACAUUGUACAUGUAAUCAGCAUAUGAAUUUUCAUUUUUAUAAUGCUUAAAACUGAAGAAAAACAUCACAGUGUACGGAUUUCGAUACUGUACGGGUUUCGAUCCAGCACGGUACGCCAGACUUUAUAUCUAGUAACCAUUUUCUCCAUCAGCGAAAAAUUCAAAAUAACAAUGCAUUAUCUCUUUCACCCUUUUUGUUGACAUUCAAUAAUAAGAUACAAUAUAUGUAUAUAUUUAUUAUUCACGCAACAUUUUUGAACCGAAAAUCAAACAAAUUUUUGUAAAAGUGUCAAAUUUAUAUAUCCAGCUUUCUCCAAUUUUUUAUUUCGAAUUUUUUCAGUUAUUUUUAAAAAAAGGUUGGCAUCGCUGCUGUUAUCUGUGACGUAACAAUAACCCGCUGCGAUCUGGAAUAUUUUUGGUAAAAUGAUACCCAAAUGAUUGAAAAUUAACAGAAUUACAUUCCAAACUAUAUUUACGUUAAUAGUGUUUUCGAUGUCGGGAACUAUCGAUUACUUCAAAUUGACUAAUGGCUAUCACCAAUUUCAGCAUCGCCACAAUCACUUAGUAGGUUUAACGAAUCGUUAAACAUAUGGAAUAAAAUAUCAAAAACCAUGCGCCCAUCCCAGGACAUUUCCCAAAUAAUCCUGUCCACAUGUUUCCUCCAAAUGUGUGGAGACGUAAAUACUUUGAAACUGUUCCAAUAUAAAGCGAAACACUCGCCGGUCUAUAGAACUCCAAUAAUCCUCUCAUCAUAAGGGGUCUCAAUAUAUUUUCCGCAUGAUGUGAUGAUGAUUAUCAUAAUGCUGAUAGUAAUCCGUGAAAUAUUGUCGCACAUAAAAGAUGCAAACGCCAGUAGUGUCUUUAUUACUUGUUUGUGUCGAGCAAAUUGUUUGCCUCUAUCGCUGCAUCUGCACAGAACCGACAAAUAACAUAUUGCUCGUCCCGCUCAGGCUAGAAGGCUCCCUCCCCUGUAUUGAUACUGCAUUUUUCCUCCUGCUAGUUACAAUCACCCUCAACAAAGCCGGAAGCACCUUCGGUUUGGUUAGCCUAGACAGCGCGAAACGAAACCGGGAAUAUUUGAAGAAAACAAAGCUCUUUUGCAGGAUAAUGCGGGUUUGGCGAAAGGAUUAAACUCAAAAAAAAAAUUAACUGUUCACAGAAAAUGGGGUGCUGAUAUUUAUUGCUUUCUGGGAGCGUCUACAAAGAUCUCGUUGUUUGUUUCUAAACAUCAAAUGUUUAUUAUCAGUUCAACUGAUAAAUCAAAAUAAACUCAUAAAUCAAAAAACAGUGGUUUGAUUAUACAUUUGGAUUUCAGGUAGUUUAGUGAAAAUUAAUAAUUCAUCCUUCCAUUAGCGUCUGAUCCAACUGGUAGAAUUAAUUGGUUAGAGCAAUUAAUUCUUUUUUCUUUCCAGAAACUAAUAUAAAAAUAAUAUAACGUUCGUGCACCUCUCUUACACCAUUUUAUUCCAUUCUUUAUUCCAUCUUUCUAAACUCGAUAACAUUAAAUUAAGUAAAUAAAUAUAAAUUUUUUUUUUCAAACCUAUUUAAUUCAUAAGAUUUUUUUUUCUUCAAAACAUAAAGCAUAUAACAAGAUUUUUUACCCAAACAACAGUUUGUAAUAAAUCAAAUAAAUCUGCCUUAGAACUGUUUGAUUCUCGAUGACCUAGUCGAUCAUCGAAAUCGUUUUAAUAAGUUAUAACUCCCGAAUCUUCAAAACGUCUCAAUAAUUAUUUUGCCAUCCUGCGUGAAAAAAUAAUUUGUUGUUAUGCCUGCGAGAGGUAAAAAGAGCUUUGAAUGGUAGAGAUUCACCCGCGUAAGCAAACUGGAAGAAGGAUGAGCCACCACUGUUAGCCGUUUAUAUUAGAACACAACAAAAGAUCCGCGCGACGAUGAUUCGCAUUGUUGUUUGCUUGCUGCUACAAAACACGACCCAUCCGGAAAUGGUUGGCAGGGAAACAGAAGUGAAAGCAAUAAAGGCGGAUUUUCUUUAGAUUUGCGCCUUCUACGAGCCCUCUCGCUCCGGUUAGCAUCGUGACGGCUGGUGGGUGCUAUUAUGAUUUUGAUCUCAUUCGUAGCCUACUACUACUACUUCUGUAUCACCCCCUUUCGGAUGAAUGCUGAUUGCGGGGUAUUUUCAUCAGAACGAGAUCUAACAAAAGGUUCUAGUGGAUUUGGGACGAUAUAAAUUGUGUGGUGUUUUGACUUUUUGAGGGGACAAUUUGUCUUUAUUGAUUUGGAUUGUUUUUGACAUGUAGAAGAGUAACAAGCUACUAAAAUGAACAAAAAUACAAUUUUAAGAAGCAAAAACGAUGACAGCAAAACCCGUUACGCUUAUCGAUCUACUUGAGCUCGCAUUUGAAAAACCGGAAUCAGGAAUUGUAAACCUUCAACUUCUCUACAAACUCUUCCGAGAACUUAUCGUUGGCUUGAACAUAGGUAAUAAUCAGCUUAUUUCUACGGAAUCAAGUGGCGAGAACCAAAACCCUACAUUCGAAAAAGAAACGGCCUUAGACGAUUCAAUCUCACAGCAAUCAGGUGGCUUAAACUCCCAGGAAUCGGAAAACACAAUCUCACAACUCACAGCGGAUUCCCACAAAGAUAUCGACCAGAAAGUUGACUCUAAGAAUACAUUCCCUAGAGAAGCAGCUUCUAAAUCAAACCAAAAAGACCUCGAAUCCGCUAGUGUUAGCGAAUCUUUAUCAUCACUACAAUCCAGGCAAACUUCAAAUGGACUAUCUCCAGAUACAGAUGAUUAUUCGAGUACAAAUGAUAAUCUUCCAUUAGAUGAAGGAACUACUGACCAGUCAUCGGAACUAUUUGCUGAUGCUGAUAGAACUCACAGCUUAAUUCAAAUCGAAGCAUCUGCAAAAGAUAGACCUCUACCAACUCACAACACAACCGAUCAAUUAGCUGCGAUAAACGAUCUCCUAAAAGCUUAUUUAGUACGCUUGAAGGUUCUUGAAAAUAACGUCAAUAUAGUGAAGUCUAGAAACCUGGAGAUUUUCGAAUUUUCGGCUAAAAUUCUAGGACAAGUUGAAAACUUGGAAAGUCGCUUAUGUGACGAGCAAAAAAAGCUUGCCAGAGUAUCGGCUGAUUUGGAGUGUCUUAGUUUACUAGUGUCGCAGUAUGAAACCCAAUUUCAACAAUUCGGUGCUGGGCUAGACCGCUUAGAAAUCCAACUUCGAGAAGUGAAAUGUUCGAUUCGAUGCAUAGACAAAGAGAGAGAGCAGUUCUUGCAGAACGUACAAUCAGUCACCGAGCAGCUGAACCACUUUUCAACCGUCAAAGCCGAUAGGGCAGAUGUGCACGCUGAAUUGUCUUUGCGAGCUUACACCACAGACCUCAAUAAAUUCGUCCCGUUUGAAUUUUUCAACACUAUACAAACCGAUGUCGCCAGAAGCAUUGCUUCGCUUCAUGAUGAAAUUUUCAAUCAAAAUAAAUCGACACUUUCGAAAUUCAACGAGAUGCAAACACUGAUCGCCGCAAAAGCCCAAAUAACCGAAACCGAAAAUAUUCAGAGACAGCUCGAAAAAGUAUUAUAUAAUUUACAGCAGAUGAAAGAUCAUCAACAGUCUAAGCUGAAAAUGACAGGAUGCUCUGCUGGUGUGGUGUUAAAAGACAGUAGCAAACUUCCGAAUUGUUUGUCUUGCGGCGAUCAUGCUAUUUUACAGGAACAUUAUGAACUUGUACCUCAAUCAAAACCUCUCACACCGUCAGUGAACAGAAAAGCGAAGGAAAUAUUCACGAUUCGUAAAAGGAGCGCUGGUGGAAGCUACACAAAAAUUAACCGUAACGAGACAGUGAUGCAAAGUGCAUCGCUGCAUAUUCCAUGCAAAUAUAUGAACGCGGAUGGUAGUCCUAUACAACAAAUUGCAGGAAAAGAUGGCUGCUGGUAUCUGGCCAAUAAUGAUUAACUUUCCAUCACAGAUAUUUUAUUAUAGUUGCUUUUCAAAAAUAAAAAAUACCUUUUCUUAUUGUUUUUAGAAAAAAAAAAUUACUGAAUAUAAACAAAUGGGAUAUACCUAAUAUAGCUUCUACUUUCUAUUUGCCUGUCAAAACCAAAACCAAAUGUGCAAUCAUUAUUUCGCAC